UCACACACAACUUGAAAUUAGAAAUCAACAAAGAGAAUGAAAAAAUAACUCUAGUCCUGAAAUUUUGCUCCUUUUCAUUACCAGAAUAUUCAGUAUUCUGUUUUUUCUUUCACUUUUGUUGGGGAUCAAGAUAAUCCUAAUGGCCAAGUUAGAGAUUCAAAUCCAGACAAGGAAAAUGUUAAAGCCCUCAACACCUACCCCGAAUCAUCUUCGGAGCCUUAAUCUUUCAUUGUUUGAUCAGAUGGCUCCUCCUUUAUAUGUACCAAUACUCUUCCACUACUUGCCAAUCAGUGAAGGAAUUACUGAAAAAUGUGAUAAGCUGCAAAAAUCCUUAGCUGAGACUUUAACCAAAUUUUAUCCUUUAGCAGGAAGAUUUAGAAAAGAUGACCUCUCAAUUCACUGCAAUGAUGAAGGUGCUGAGUAUGUUGAAACAAAAGUCAACGCGGAUCUUGCUGAAUUUCUCAACCAAGGACCCAAGAGUGAGCUUUUGAAUGAUCUUCUUCCAACAGAUAUGACAUCAAGUCCACUACUUGGAGUCCAAGUGAACAUAUUUAACUGUGGAGGACUAGUCAUGGGGAUAAAUAUUUCUCACAUCCUAGCUGAUGGUUUCACAUUAGGAACAUUUGUCGAGGAAUGGACUCGCGUUAGCCAAACAGGGACGACAAAAGAUUGUCUCCCAAGUUUCGGUCGUUUGCCAUCGAUCUUUCCCAGUAGAGUGCUAUCCGGACCUUACAUUUCACCACCUACCAACAGAGACCCUAAGAUUGUCACACAUAGGUUUGUGUUUGAUGCUUCUGCAAUAGCAAAGCUCAAAGAAAGAAUCAAUUCAAGUGCCACAUUCACGAGGCCUACUCGAGUGGUGGUUGUUAUGUCGUUAAUAUGGAAGGUUCUUGCCGGCAUUUCCUCAGCUAAACAUGGGAAAUCAAGGGACUCCUAUUUCUUAUUUCCCAUUAAUUUAAGGGGAAAAUCAAAUUUACCAUCUUUGGAACAUGCUCUAGGGAACUUCUGUGUGGUUGGAGUUGCUGCUCUUGAGGCAAACCAGUCAAGAAAGGAGUUAACUGACUUUGUUAACAUGGUAGGAAGUACAGCAAGGGACACAUCUGUAGAAAUUGGUAAGGCAAGCAUCGAUGAUAUUGCCUCUAUGUUUCUCACCUGCAAGACACCUCAGAAGGACGACAUGGACAUGUAUUUCUGCACUAGUUGGUGCAAAUUCCCUUGGUAUGAAGCCGACUUUGGCUGGGGAAAGCCAUUCUGGGUUAGCGAUGUAAGCAAACCUGCAGAAUUAAUUACUCUGAUUGAUACAAAAUCUGGUGAUGGAAUAGAAGCAUGGAUAGGUUUGAAGGAGAAUGAUAUGGCUGAAUUCGAGAGAAACCCUGACAUUUUGGCAUUUUGUCCACCUCAAAAUUAGCAGCAGUUGAUUCCUCGAUUUGUACACUCUUGAUGAUCACGUCACCUUUCUUGCUUCGUUUUGCUUAUUGGUUCUUGUCUUCUUCAUAUCAAAAGAUCUAGUUCUAUCUUCCCAAACCUGCAGUUAAGUAAAUAUCUAGCCAACUCUGAUAUAAGAUGACCCCUUAGUAUUGUCUUCGGACUAUCUUUAUGUAUCUUCUUGAUGAUAUAAUCUAUCUUGGUAUGCUUACUUCUUGGUCCAGUUAAAUUAUUGAGCUACUCUGACACAAGAUUCUCAUUGUGAAAUGAUGAUCAAUGAAAGAGGAGAGAAAGUCGGUUCUUUCAAUUUUUAGGGGAGAUUGAUAGAUUGCUCCUAUCUGUUGUUUCUUGUACUUCGAUUAUUAUAUUAUUUUGUGUUAGUUA